AUGGAACUGGUAACAGCAACUUUGUGGUGGUCAGGACCAGCAUGGUUAAGUCAAGAUAAACCUUUCUGGCCCAAAAGUGCUUAUUGCGAUACCCAAGAUAUUGAUGAUGACGACAAACACGAACAAUUUCCCAACAGCGCAUCAUUUACAGCUCAAGUAUUGAUCACCCCACCGCCUAUUAAUUUCAUUGACACUCAACGAUUUAACAACUGGAGCAAACUACGUCGAACCACAGCUUACAUCCUCCGCUUCAUCAAGAAACUCGCUCCCGCUCAGGCUUCAUGGCUGUCCAAUGUAUCCUCAUCCAACACUUCAUUUACAGCAAACGAUCUCGCACUUGCAGAAACUGUUUUACUUCGUCAAACACAAAGCUGCAUCGAUAAAACCGAUAUCGAAAAAUGGGAAUUACAUCUCGAUAAACAGCAAAUAUGGCGAUGUGGUGGACGUUUGCCAUCGAAUCUAGGCUUUUUACCUCGGAAACGCUUGGAAAUCGAUUAUUGA